AUGGAUGAUGAUAUUGGCAGCUCCAGGAAGAGAUAUGAGGAUGAAGAAGAUUACCACUCUAUCUACAUUGGAGUGCCAGCUCCACGGAGUUACAGAAGAAAAAGACGGCGAAGAAGGUCUUUGUCCAGCCGGGAUAGGAGCAGUGAAAAUGAGAAGCACUAUAGCAGGGGUGAACACUCAGAUACUGAUGAAGGAGGAAGACUCAACUAUGACAAUGAGAACUAUAACAUCAGCAGAACCAUGUCUCCGGCGGCUGAACGUCUACGUUAUAUACUGGGGGAAGAUGAAGAGGCACCAAAUCCUACAUUAUUUACAGAGAUGGACACUCUACAGCAUGAUGGUGAUGACAUGGAGUGGAAGGAAACCGCAAGGUGGAUAAAAUUUGAAGAAAAAGUAGAAGAAGGAGGGGAGAGGUGGAGUAAACCACACGUAUCCACUUUGUCCCUACACAGCCUGUUCGAGCUACGGACAUGUCUCCAGACUGGAACGGUGUUGCUUGAUUUAGAUGGCUAUUCCCUCCCACAGAUCAUAGAUGACAUCAUUGAGAAGCAGGUAGAAGAUGGGAUGCUCAAGCCUGACCUCAGGGACAAAAUUAGUUAUGUUCUGUUAAGAAAACAUAGACACCAAACCAAGAAACCCAUUCACAGGUCUUUGGCUGACAUUGGAAAGUCUGUCUCCUCCAGUACCAAUCGAAUUCCUGCCCCAGGUGUUCCUGCUGGUAAUCACCUCCAUCGGUCUACAGAGGAUUUGAGAAUGAGACAGAGCACUAACUAUGGAAGAUUGCGUCAUGCGCAGAGCAGGAGUAUGAAUGACAUUGCUGAGACGCCAAGCUCCGACCAGCUGAGAAAUAAGUUUAUGAAGAAACUUCCCAGGGAUGCAGAAGCUUCAAAUGUUUUGGUUGGAGAAGUAGACUUCUUAGAAAAACCUUUUGUAGCUUUUGUACGACUCGUCCAGUCUCUAAUGCUUGGAGGUGUCACGGAGGUUCCAGUGCCCACCAGGUUCAUGUUCAUAUUGUUAGGUCCAAUGGGUAAAGUCAAGUCCUACAUUGAAAUUGGCAGAGCAAUUGCCACCUUGAUGGUAGAUGAUCUGUUCAGUGAUGUCGCGUACAAAGCAAAAGAUCGUGAGGAUCUGAUUGCAGGAAUAGAUGAGUUCUUGGAUGAAGUCAUUGUCCUUCCGCCUGGAGAAUGGGAUCCUACCAUCAGAAUUGAGCCUCCCAAAAAGAUCCCCUCAGCAGAUCAAAGAAAAUCAGUCUUCUCUGUGAAUGAAGCUGGACAAAUGAAUGGAUCAGCAGCAGGAGGAGCAGGAGGAAGUGGUGGUGGUGGUGGUGGGAGUGAGGAUGGAGAGAUGCCUACUGCACAUGAGAUCGGAGAAGAACUUUCAUGGACUGGCAGGUUCUGUGGAGGGCUUUACCUGGAUAUUAAGCGGAAACUUCCAUUUUUCCUGAGUGAUUUCUAUGAUGCCUUCCACAUUCAGUCCAUUUCUGCCAUUCUUUUCAUCUACCUCGGUUGUAUAACAAACGCCAUCACAUUUGGUGGAUUGCUGGGUGAUGCUACCGAUAACUAUCAGGGUGUGAUGGAGAGCUUUCUUGGUACAGCAAUGACGGGCUCUGUGUUUUGUUUCUUUGCUGGACAACCUCUGAUCAUCUUAAGUAGCACCGGACCCAUUCUUGUCUUUGAAAAGCUCCUGUUUGAUUUUAGCAAAAGUAAUGCAAUAGACUACAUGGAAUUCCGCCUGUGGAUCGGCCUCCAUUCAGCUUUGCAGUGCUUCAUCCUGGUGGCCACCGAUGCCAGCUUCAUUAUUAAGUAUAUCACGCGUUUCACAGAGGAGGGCUUCUCUACCCUCAUCAGCUUCAUCUUCAUUUAUGAUGCCAUCAAGAAAAUGAUUGGAUCCUUCAAAUAUUACCCCAUCAAUUCUGACUUCAAGCCAGACUACGUCACAACAUACAGAUGUGAAUGUGUGGCACCUGACCCAGUGAACACGACUUUAUUCAAUUCUUCAGCUCUGUUUGCACCAAACAACACUAACAUUUCUUUGUACAAUGCCAUGAAUAACACAGCUUUCGACUGGAGCCAGCUUAGUAUGAAGGAAUGUCUGAAAUAUGGAGGAAGUCUGCUAGGAAACUCAUGCAAUUAUGUGCCUGACCUGGCACUUAUGUCCUUCAUCCUUUUCUUCGGAACCUAUUCUAUGACCUUGACGUUGAAGAAAUUCAAGUUCAGUCGAUACUUUCCCACCACGCUUCGCUCCCUGGUGUCUGAUUUUGCCAUUGUCUUCGUGAUCGUUUUCUUCUGUGGUGUGGAUGCCUUUUUUGAGCUGGAGACACCAAAAUUGCAUGUUCCUAGUGAAAUUAAGCCCACAAGACCAGACCGCGGCUGGUUUGUUUUCCCAUUUGGGAAGAACCCUUGGUGGAUUUAUCUGGCCAGUGCAUUACCUGCUUUGUUGGUGACAAUUCUGAUCUUCAUGGACGAGCAGAUUACAGCAGUCAUAGUCAACCGAAAGGAGCAUAAGCUAAAGAAAGCCAGUGGUUACCAUCUAGACCUCUUCUGGGUUGGCGUUCUUUUGGUUGUUUGCUCCUUCAUGGGCCUGCCAUGGUAUGUGGCUGCCACCGUCAUCUCUAUUGCCCACAUUGACAGCUUGAAAAUGGAGACAGAGACCAGUGCCCCUGGAGAACAACCACAGUUCUUGGGAGUGAGGGAGCAGCGAGUCACCGGAAUAAUAGUAUUCGUCCUUACUGGGAUCUCCGUCUUCCUCGCUCCAGUUCUCAAGUACAUUCCAAUGCCUGUCCUUUAUGGAAUUUUUCUGUACAUGGGGGUUGCUUCGCUCAAUGGAAUCCAGUUCUGGGAUCGCUGUAAGCUCUUCAUGAUGCCUGCAAAGCACCAGCCCGACUAUGCAUAUCUCCGACAUGUUCCUCUACGUCGAGUUCAUCUCUUCACCGUUGUCCAGAUUGUCUGUCUUGCUGUUCUGUGGAUUCUGAAGUCUACGGUUGCUGCCAUCAUUUUCCCAGUCAUGAUCCUUGGCCUGAUGAUGGUGAGAAAGAUGCUGGACUGGGUGUUCAGCCAACAUGACCUUGCCUGGUUGGAUGACAUAUUACCAGAAAAAGAAAAGAAAAAGCAGGAAGACAAGAACAAAAAGAAGAAAGGGAAAGACGAAGUGGAUAGUGAUGAGGAGAGAACUGGCCAUUCAGAGGCUCUGCAUUCAGAUUCCUCUGCAAACGGAUCUGAUAUAGAUCGCAGCAUUACUCUGCACCUGAAGAUCUCCUGCCCUCCAUCUCCAGCUAUCGGCUAUCCUAGAAGUGUAGCCGGUGCUGUCCCGCAAGUGAAGAUCGAGAUGGAUUCUGAGUAUGAUGACUCUGACAUGGAGAAGAAUCCUCGAGAUCGGGGCAGUGAAACCACUUUAUAG